CAUCGACUUUUGCUGAUGAAACCAACUCAUUCCCAUGCUCUACAAUCGAUAUGCUCGUCAUUCAGGACGCGUUAGGGACUUUGGUGAUGCUCAGUUCGUGUUAGACUUCAUCCCCUCCUCGACACCCACCGCCCUCGCGCACCCCGCAUCGUCCCUUUGACCACAUGACGAGUACUCUAAUCCAUUCCGGGUACCUCCUGGAGUAUACGUACGAUGCGAGGCGGUGCGCCGAGUCCCGCGCCGCCGCGUCAACCCGCAUAUACUCAACACGCGCACUCUACUCAUUCCUCAUUGUUCCCUAUUUUCCGUCGCUUCCAGUUUCCGAGAACCGAGGUACCAGGCGACCAAGUACCCCAUCAAACUGAUGGAAGUUUGAUGUACGGCCUCGAGGGCCGCGCCGCUGUCGUGAUACUCGGGCGGCUACUCUCCCCUUGGCGAGCAGAAUGCAUCUCCCGCUAACCCCUGCGCGGAAUACCCCCCACACCAUGUCGACAGGGUCAGGAAACACGUGUCGCGUCAGGAUUUGAGAUCUGGGAUACGGAGGUGACUGGCAGAUGCGCUGGCGGCACGCUGCUUUGCGUGCAGCUCAAAGCCUGCCAAAUGGAGAUCCAGCGUGAUCGCGCACAGUUCGACUUUUUCCUCUUUUUCCUGCCAUCGUCCCGCAACUUGCCGGUCUCGUCACGUCACGAUGGCUCUAGGUACUUAACGACUUGGACAUGCACCGGCACAGGUCGAGGGAAAGAGCGCCCCGCCCCGCGACCCUCUCUCCUGCGGCUCCACGGGCGGCUUCCGC